GUCUUAAUGUCUGAUAUUAGAGAAAACACACGCAAAACCAGAAAUGCUGCAAUAAGCUGAAAACACAACGGAAAUGGUUUACAACAAAAUGGAAAUGUUUCAAAGGGAUGUGUGGAAAAAAAAGCAGAACUGAGUUAAAGAAUAAACAGGUAGAGUGUCAGUGAAGGUGAAACUCAACAGCUCCAUUUUGUGUCAAGGGGAAAAUAAACCAUUUCAGGAGUAAAACCACAGGUUUGAUUUAACACACCGAUGUUGGAGUGAAGUAAACGUGUGUCCUGCUGUAAUCUGGAGAAGGAGACUGGACCUCCAACAUGAGUGUGUCUGGAAAACAGGACUUAAAGAAAGAUGAGAGAGUGAUGGAGGGAAAGAGAUCAGACUCACCAGAACCCAGCUGUGUGUCCAUGAAGAGUGACUGGUCAAUGGAAGAGCCAAUUGCCUUCAGAGACAGAGACAGUUCUACUGAUGUGAGACCACAAAAGAAGAAAUCAAACAUCAGCAGAAAUCAGGUGGAGUCCAUAUUCAAGGAGCUGGAACACAAAGUCAUCACUCUGAUAAACAAUGAGCUGAAGAGGUUUAGGAAGCUCCUGAGUCCAGAUUACCCAGCAUGCACUGAGAGGGAGGUGGAGGAUGAGGAGGAUCUGCACAGUGUCAGAGAGGGAGCGCUGAAGAUCACACUGCACGUCCUGAAGAACAUGAACCACACAGAUCUCGCUAACACACUGCACAACAAGUCUAUGGCCUCUGUGUAUCAGCCAAAGUUGAAAUCCAACCUGAGAGAGAAGUUUAAAAGAAUUAAUGAAGGAAUCUCACAGCAUGGAAGCUCAGCACUUCUGAAUGAGAUCUACACAGAGCUCUACAUCACAGAGGGUUGGAGUGGAGACGUCAAUAAUGAACAUGAGGUGAGACAGAUUGAGACAGCAUCCAGGAGACCAGCAACACAAGAGAAACCCAUCAAAUGUAAUGACCUCUUUAAAGACAGGUCCAUCAGAACUGUGCUGACUAAAGGAGUUGCUGGAAUUGGAAAAACAGUCUCUGUGCAGAAGUUCAUUCUGGACUGGGCUGAAGGAAAAGCAAAUCAGGAUGUCUUCUUCAUGUUUCCACUUCCCUUUAGAGAGCUGAAUUUGAUGAAGCAGCAAAAUCUCAGUCUGAUGAAUCUUCUUCAUCACUUUUUCCCAGAAAUGAGAAAAAUAGAAUUAAUAGACUCCUACAAAGUGGUGUUGAUCUUUGAUGGUCUGGAUGAAUGUCGACUUCCUCUAAAUUUCCAGAAGAAUGAGAGAUUGUGUGAUGUGAAAGAGUCAGCCUCAGUGGAUGUGCUGCUGACAAACCUCAUCAAGGGGAAUCUGCUUUCCUCUGCUCUCCUUUGGAUAACCUCUCGACCAGGAGCAGCCAAUCAGAUCCCUCCUGAGUGUGUAGACCAGGUAACAGAGGUACGAGGCUUCAGUGAUCCUCAGAAAGAGGAGUACUUCAGGAAGAGGAUCAGCGAUCAGAGCCUGGCCAAUAAAAUCAUCAGACACAUGAAGUCUUCAAGAAGCCUCUACAUCAUGUGCCACAUCCCAGUCUUCUGCUGGAUUUCAGCCACUGUUCUAGAGAUAAUGUUGGGUGAAGCAGAGAGUAGAGGGAUCCCCAAGACUCUGACUCAAUUGUUCACACACUUCCUGAUCUUUCAGAUCAAACACAAGGACCAAAAGUACCAUCAGAAAUGUGACCCUGAUCCUCAGCAGACCAGAGAGAGUAUCCUGGCACUGGGAAAACUGGCUUUCCAACAGCUGGAGAAAGGAAACCUGAUCUUCUAUGAGGAAGACCUGAAAGAGUGUGGCAUUGAUGUCAGAGAAGUGUCCGUGUACUCAGGAGUGUGUACCCAAAUCUUCAGAGAGGAGUUUGGGCUUCACCCGGGGAAGGUGUUCAGCUUUGUACAUCUGAGUGUUCAGGAGUUUCUGGCUGCUUUAUACGCAUUUCUGUCUUUCAUCAGCAGAAAUGUAACAGAACAACAAACCACUGAUCUGUCUGAUCUUUUCACAAAGUCAAACAUGUCUGAUUUCCUCAGGAGUGCAGUGGACAAGGCCUUACAGAGUGAGAAUGGACACCUGGACCUGUUCCUCCGCUUCCUUCUGGGUCUCUCCCUGGAGUCCAAUCAGACUCUCUUACGAGGCUUAAUGCCACAGACAGGAAGCAGCUCUCACAGCAAACAGCAAACAGUGAAGGAAACAGUCAAGUACAUCAAGGAGCAUAUCAGGGAGAAUCCAUCUCCAGAGAAAUCCAUCAAUCUGUUCCACUGUCUGAAUGAACUGAAUGAUCAUUCUCUAGUGCAGGAAGUACAAACUUACCUGAACAGAGGAGGUGACAGUCGUCUCAGUGGAAUCAGACUCUCUCCUGCUCAGUGGUCAGCUCUGGUGUUUGUGUUACUGAACUCAGAACAGGAGCUGGAUGAGUUUAAUUUGAGGAAAUAUGACCCAUCAGAGGAAUGUCUUCUGAGGCUGCUGCCAGUGGUCAAAGCCUCCAGAAAAGCUGACCUGUUUAAGUGUAAUCUGACAGAGGAAAGCUGUAGAGUUCUGUCCUCAGUUCUCAGCUCAAACACCUCCAGUCUGAGAGAACUGGACCUGAGUAACAAUAAACUGCAGGAUUCAGGAGUGAAGCUGCUCUCUGCUGGACUGGAGAAUCCACACUGUACACUGGAGAUACUGAGGGUGUGGGAGUGUAAUCUGACAGAGGAAAGCUGUAGAGUUCUGUCCUCAGUUCUCAGCUCAAACUCCUCCAGUCUGAGAGAACUGGACCUGAGUAACAAUAAACUGCAGGAUUCAGGAGUGAAGCUGCUCUCUGCUGGACUGGAGAAUCCACACUGUACACUGGAGAUCCUGAAGAUGUGGCGCUGCAGUAUUACAGAUGAAGGUUGUGCUGCUGUGGCUUCAGCUCUGAGGUCAAACUCCUCAUCACACCUGAGAGAACUGAAUCUGAACGGUAAUAAUCCAGGAGAAUCAGGAGUGAAGCUGCUCUCUGAUCUACUGAAGGAUCCACACUGUAAACUGGAGACACUACAAAUUAAGGAUCAUAAAUUCACCAGGACUGGCGUAUGACAGGAGUCUCACCUCAAACCUCUUUUCCAGGAUAAAGCAGUUUUGGUGAAGCGUUAGAACCCGUCCCACAUUUCCAGCAGUUUGGGAGCUGAAUCAUUCAUAUUCAGAUAUAGAAGUUCCAUAACAAUAACCGUGACUGAUCACAUCCUUUUAUCUACUCAGCUACAAGUUACUUCAGUCUUUAAUAAUGUAUUUUACAAUCCAAAGUCAAAUCCUUCAGCGUCUACACACAACACAGAGAUAUCAUCACACUGAUUACACAAAUACACAUCCAUGUGUUGUAGCUUUUUAAACCUUUUUUAAGCUCCUUAUUUCUAUCUAACAUUUGUUUCCCCACUGAUUGAUUCACAGUUGUGAUAUUGAUAUAAUUUUUUCCCUCUUAAAAUGAUUUUCAAACCUCUGUUCUUUGUUUGCUAAUCUGUGGUUAAUGGUAACAGGUGUUUGCUUGAUUUGUUGUUAUAGUGAUAAAUUGACCUCACUUCUAUCUGACUGGUUCCUUGGGUACAGACCAGCAGGGUUCUUGUCCCAGACUUGAACCAUUUUUGAUGAACAAUAACUAGAUAUUUUCUUGUGAAAAAGUACAGAACAGUUCCAGUACUGGUACCUUUUUUCAGUACAAAAACAUACAUAUGAUCUGAUUCUACAUGAAAAUGUCUUGAGUUCAAAAUGUAAGCUCACGUCACUGAGCCUGACAUCACUUCCUGUACACAUGAAUAGAAAAGACGAUGGCCGUGCUCAUGAUGAGAAACUGCACUGAGGAUUUUAUACCUCAUCCUGAAGAACGAGCUGAUCAUUAUUCACACUGGGCAGGUAGAACACACUGAAACUCCUGAGCUCCACACCUUGGUGUACUUUUAGCUAGUUACGGCCAUGAUGAACAACAUUUCUUCCUCUGUCCUUCCUCGGUUUGACUCCAGGGGAGUCUGAGGUCCUGCAAUGCGAUGAUAAAUAUGUGGUUCCUGGUCCUCUGAUGAAUAUUUCAGCAGUAGUGUUCUGAAGCACAUCAUCAGGUGGUUAAAGUGUGUGUGUGUGUAGUAAUCCAUAUAAGCCAGCUGUUCCAAUAUCUGUUGCAGUGAUAAGAUGCAGAGGGAUGAGAUGAUGGGAAUUAUCCAGGGGAAAUUUUAGGAGUGUUUAAAAAUAUACAGUCAGGUCCAUAAAUAUUGGGACAGUGACACAGUUUUGGUAAUUUUGCCUCUGUACACCACCACAGUGGAUUUGAAAUGAAGCAGUCAAGAUGUGACUGAAGCGUAGACUUUCAGCUUUAUUUCAAGGGGUUUAACAAAAAUAUUGCAUUAACCGUUUAGGAAUUACAGCCAUUUUUUACAGAGUUCCUCCAUUUUCACAGGCUCAAAAGUAAUGGGACAAACUAAUAUAAUCAUAAAUAUUAGGAUUAUUUUUAUUACUUGGAGGUAAAUCCUUUGCAGUCAAUGACUACCUGAAGUCUGGACCCCAUGGACAUCACCAAAUGCUGAGUUUCCUCCCUUGA